AUGGAUUCCAACAACGGCAAGGACUCGAGCAACUCGCGUCGCUCAUCGACUCGACACUCGCGUUCGUUGAGGCUGUCCAUUGGCAGUGGUGUUACCGACGAUGACUACGAUCUCAGCGCCAUGAUGGUGGCCGAUGGGUUCCGACCAACCGACAAUGCUACCUCUUCCUCCACCAACCCAGCCACAAACUCGAAUACCCACACCGAACCAUCAGUGUCAUCAACCGAGUCUUUCUCACAACAAACAGAAUCGACAAAGUCAUCACAGGCACCACUCGUACCCCGUGAUUCAUCUGAGAUAAUACCUGCUAUCCGUAACCGACCUUCCAGUAUCUCGAAACCACACCGGAACCAUGACUCUCUCGCUCUUAGGAAUGACGGAACAUCUACCGCUGAUCGUUCGCAUGUACGCAAUAACCAUAGUCUAUCAUCGAAUUCACCUGUCAUUCGUGCCGAAAGUCCAUACACAGGCCCGUCUGGUCCGUCACAUCCGUACCAGAUGUAUCCUCAACGGACAAUGAGCGUGACUACAACAUCCACUGCUGCCAAUGCAGUCGUACCCGAAGAUCGGUCUUAUGGAGCCCAUCAGGGCCCUACUCACCCUUACGCUCUUUACACCCAGAACACCACUUCUGGCGAAAGUAGCAACCCCUCGAUUCCAGUAGGAUUUAACGGCUUGGGGGGAAGUUACCAGCGACAAUUGGGUCCGGAUGGAGAAGAGGCGGGCGAUUUGGUAGGCCCAUUGGGUCAUAUGGAGGAAUUACCGCCUUAUACCAGAUAUCCCGAUAAUGCCUAUGUGCCUAAACCUACCCCCCAAGCGCCAGCAUCCCCCGCUUCACCUGUCUCACCCGCCUCACCCGCCUCACCCGUGUCGUCUGUAUCGGAACCUGUCUCCCCUGCGAGGGAUAUACCCGGUGCUGGUGGAAUCGGAAUGGCAACGCGCGAUCCCGAAUUCUCAUCAACCGAUGAUGACUUGGCACUGCCGAGGACUCGGCCCUCCGUCAGAAGCAAUGUUUCUGACAGUAGCCACCACGACAUCAACACUGCCGCCAUCGAAGUUUCCGAGAAACCUGCUGUUAACAAGUGGCAACGAAGGGCAAAAAAGAAGCUUUGCGGAAUCGUGCCUUACUGGGCCAUUUGCCUCCUGUUCGUUGGUCUAAUUCUGAUGGGUAUUAUCAUGGGCGCUGUAAUUGGCACUAUGCUGUCUAAGAGUCAUGAGCCUCCCCCUGAUUACGAUGAAGACAAAUAUGCCACUAUACCUCCAACUACAACUGUAUAUGAUCCCGAAAUCAUAGCUGUCCCAACAAACCUGCCGUCUAUGGCUACAGGCCGAUUCGCACUUCCUAACAUAGACCCAGCCUCUCAAGGAACCAGUACUUGCUUCAAUGAUUCGACACAACAAGCAGCUUGGUCCUGCGAGAUCAUCAAUCCCAUCUGGUCUGUUCAAAUAGAGGAAAACUCAGACCCUAAGAACAAGUCUGCUGUUGCCUACAACAUGACGCUCAAAGCCAUCAAUGAUUAUAACACUCCAUUUCCAUACGGCGCCCAACCUCCCACCAUUGCUAAACCGGCUCACAUGGUAUUGGUCAACGACACAUUGGAAAUCGCGCGCGGCCCUGCUUGGUGGUUGAGAACAACAUACAACAAAACCGUUAUCGUUUCUGAAAAGAAGUUCGGUGAAAUGGACAAACGAGGUUGGAAUUAUGACGACAACGAAAACAGCGAAUAUGAAGACUACAACUCUUUUCAUCGAUUUAAGAACAAGCCAGUGAAUGCCAAACUUGGCGAAAGGCCAUGGAUCUGUACCUGGCCGAAUACUGUCAUCGAGUUCUUUAUCUAUCCCAGUGAGAACGCAACUGCCACGACGUAUCACCAGCCCUCGAUUUCAUCACCCCCAGUGAAGCCCACCUCUACGGAAAGCGACCCCCCCACCUCGACCAGCAGCUGGGAUGAUUUGAAGCUGCCCCCAUACCCUCACGUUUACAAGAUGAUGGAGCGUCGGUUCUUGUGGAAUGAAGACUCGGUGGCUUAUUGCAUUCAGUACGAAGUGAUUGGUGACGGGACGAAAACGAAACCAGUCCUCAAGGAUGGUAAGAAGGUUGUGAUGAUCAUCGUGGAAGACGAUGACGAUGAUAUCGACGACUUAGACCUUGAAUUCCCAACGGCGUCAGGCGUCGCAACCAACUCGUUGCCGCCUCGUCUGCUGAAACGGACAAACCCAUCACUCACCGACUGUGGCUGCUCAUGGAGGUCACAAUAA